CGCGGGAGUACGAGGAGUGUUGUGUCGCGCUGCUCCUUUCCGGUUUGCAUCAUCCCUAUACGGCAUAUCGACUGACUGACGAUGUCAGGCGCGGCCAGCAUCGGACUGGACCUGGGCGCAGGCAAGUGCUGUGUUGCCAGCGUGCGCGCAGGAGCGGUGAAGGUGUUGCCAAACGCUUACGGCGACAAGACCACUCCGAGUUUUGUUGCCUUCACCGACUCACGCAGCCUCGUGGGCAGAAAUGCCAGGGACCAGGCGACCUUCAACGCCGCCAACACCGUCUAUGGCGUCAAGACCGUCCUCGGCAGGAGAUUUGACAAGAAUCAGAAAAGAGAGUCGUUCUAUUCCAAUUACGUUGGCACAAAAUCCGAAAGGCGACCAUAUUCGGAUGAAGAAGAGGUAACAGUGCUGCCUUAUCUUCCCGUAUUUUCAUCAACCGUGGACGGUUUGCUUGUCUUUGAAGUGGAGUACAGAAAUGAAAAGGUAAGGCUACGCCCUGAGGAAAUAACGGCUUUGCUGAUCGCCAAGAUGAAGUCCGACGCAGAAAAUCACUUGAGGAGCGAGGUCACAAACGCAGUAAUUACCGUGCCAGUAAAUUUCGGCAACGCGCCGCGACAAGCCACACUUGAUGCGGCCCUCAUCGCCGGCCUUGAAAGCGUCACACUGAUCAACUCGACCACCGCUGCCGCUAUCGCUUAUUGGGACCAUCGACCCAGAGAAAAAGACUGCGUAGCUGUCGUUGAUUUCGGUGCAAAUUCUCUGAACCUAUCAAUUGUUUCAAUGGAUAAUGGGGCACUACAAGUGCAGGAAGCUUUCGGUUCCUCAACUGUUGGUGGAAACUUCAUAGACAUGUGCAUGAUGCAAACCGUUAUCAAAAAGUUUGAAGACCAGCACCACCAAUCGUUCGAGGAGUCCCCGAAAGCACUCAUGAGAAUAAGGACAGCCACGGAGAAGUUGAAAGAUAAUCUGACUCUCCUAAGUUCUUCCGUGAUACAAGUAGACUCGAUGUCUAACGACAUUGAUUUCACGAGCACAUUUACCAGGAGAGAAAUGGAAGUUGCAUGCCAGAAUCAGUUAUUAAAUCUCGCGAAUGCGUUGCAUCAAUUGACUCAGUCGGAAAGUUGGACUAAAGUUCGAACAGUUGUGCUGGUGGGAGGCUCAACGCGUAUUCCUGCUGUAGAAAAACUGAUUGCCAAAACACUAGGAAAAUCUCUGGAUACUUCGCUCAAUAAAGACGAAGCGAUUGCCUGUGGCGCUGCCAUACGAGCUGACGAGUUCUCGGGUUCAACAACUCGCAAGGUGGAGGAGGUGUUCACCAGGUGUAUCAGUUAUGACUCAGUUUUGGAGUCAGGCAGAAUUUUUGAUUCGGGAGCAUGCAUUCCAGCCGAGCGCAGUUUCCAAAUGUCAAAUGAUAUCUAUGAGCACCCAAAUGGGUUAAGACUGUAUGAGAACAUACCUACGCUGGUAUGGAAAAGGUUUCACCACUUCGAACUGACAACACUGCGAUUAAGACAGCUCGGCCUUUCGACGACAACGGGCGGACUCUUGUUUGCGAUUGAUGAGAGCGGAGUUCUCCGCAUAAAACUUAUUGUUGAAGGGAAGACAGUAGACAUGCCAACUCGUGAGCUUUCAUCUGACUCGGAUGAUAUGCAAGCAUUUUUGGAUCGUCAUAAAGUAUUCCUGGACGACAUAAGUAGAAUGAAAGACGAUGAACAUGCAAUGGACGAUCUUGAAUCUUUCUGCGUCGACCAAAAGGAAAAGCUCAGAGAGAAGUUCGGACAUGAUUCUGCUGCUUUCAAGUUGUGUGAAGAAAUUUUGACCUGGCUUGAAGAUACACCAGAAGCAACGAAGCAACAAUGCAGUGAGAAGAAAAGAGAUUUGGAGAACAAAAUAGAUGUUGAAGUUUACGACAAGGCGCUGCCACAUGAACCCCAAAAGUUCAAAUCAAAUCACCUUGAUGAUGCCGCUUAUCGCCCAGGAGAUAAGGUUAAUCUCCUUGAUGACGCUGCACAUCGCUGUUGUGAUGCUAUACAUAGCCGAAGUCAUGUUUCACAUCAAGCUGUUGAUGCAUCACAUCCUAUUGAUCACGCUGCAUAUAACCCUGCUGCACAUUACCCUGGUUAUACAAUACAUCGCCUUGGUCGUGCAGUUGCUUCCCCUACCGACAAGACAAUUCCUCAAACAUCCACUCGUUCGGCAUACACCAGUAGUGGAAAUAAGGAACAUUAUCCCUCAUCAGAGAAAAGGACGAGUCCACAGUUUUCAAAUGAGUUGCGUCAAACCUAUUUACUUGCAGCAACUCGGGAACCUGUUCCAGUACAUGGGAGUUCCAAUGCCAAUGCACAACAGUCAUCUUCCAGCCAUGUACGUCCAUCAGCCUGUAAAAACGCAGGCCACGAGGUUUAUUCCUCAUCUCGACCUAUGAAGGGAGCUUCAUUAGUCGAUUAUGAAGUAGGCUCAUCAAUCAAGAAUAGUUUAAUGCAGGGUAAGCAAGCGUGCAAUGGAACCUCAGGCAAAGAAGAUCAUAGACGAAGGCGCUCAGAGAAAAUCACACAACCUUACCCUACGGAUCUUUGUUUUCAAGGCCUUCCUUCUGACCUGCCACAUCCUAAUCAUUCGAGUGAUACAGUUGAACAUCUGACUCACAGAAAUCGAAGUGAUGGUUCAAAAAAUACUGCUCGACGUGUACGAGAACAAGAUUCUUCAAUUGUAAACAGGAAUAAGCGGCCCCGCGGCAACAGAAGAGUCAAAUCUGAGUGGGGUUGUUGUUGUUGUUGUUCAUAGCGUCGAUCGCCAUUCAGGUGCGCCGGGCGAGUAGCUUAGGAGGCUGACGGUGGAGGGCGACCUGGGGUCAGAAAAGUUAAGAGUUCGUAACUCCGUCAGCCAGUCACUGACGGUUUUUGCGGCAAAACCUGCCAAUCACAGACUGCAAAUCAGCGACUACGUGUGCGUAGGCAAAUACGUGUGCCUGAGUGAGUUUCGAAAGUCCUUACCUGGAGAGGAGGGUGAUGGGCAAAUGAUGGAAGAAAGACCGAAAAGACCGCGGUCUGUUCAGGACUGUCCCACAGCGAUGAGACGUUGAGGUUCGUGGGGAAAUGCGGGCAGAGCAAGGUCAGCACAGUGAUCAACCGAAGGCGAAAAGACAUGAAAAUAAUUCAAAUGCCAACCAGACUCGCGUAAAAACGGAUAAAUUGGGCGAUCUCAUAAGUGACAAUAACAGCUCGAAGUAUACAAAGUAACCUGCUAUGUUUUGACGUUUGAAUUUGAAUUAAUUUUUCCUUGGAUUGCUUUAGUUACUGACACUUUUUUCUGGGUAGCGAGUAGCUAGUCACAAUUAAAUCACUAUCUAGCAGUAGGCUUGAAAUAUUUUUCCAACAUAUGCACCGGCGAGAAUAUUAGAAUACAUUAGUUUUUUCAUAACAAGUUGGUAAAUCAAGUGUAUUGUAUAAGUUAAUAUGUAAUGCAUGUGGGUGAAUGCAAUGGCUAACUUCUGUUCUUGAUGGCGUAAAUCUGAAUUCAUGAUAAUAGACAUAUUUUUAAACUGCUCCUUGUGUUAUAUGCCCAUGAGUAUCCUCCACCCUCAGUUGUGCUAUAUAUGCAUCCGUUUUUUUGGGGAAACGAGUGCUGCCAUAUUGAUAAACUGAACUGUUUAGUUCUAAUUGUAUCAUUUGCUUAUUUUUAGAAUCAUUGCUAAUGUUGUGAAUAAUUAAUGAUUGUUCUUGAGGGGUUUUUACUGGGUUUUGAUAAUUUAUUGUUUGGUUAUUUUCUAAGAUUUCUAGGGUAAAGUUCUAAAUGUGAAGGGUUGCUAGGAUUUGAUGCCCUGUCAUCCAGAUCGACAAGACUGUUAUCUAUUGUAAAAUUUGCGUGUUGGCUUCUGUUGGGACUUGGAAGUUGAAGGUGUGAGCCACUGUAGCGUAGUGGUAGUGGCACCGAGAUAAGAGGGUUCUGGCCAAUUGGGAAACUCAGUUAAUUUCUCGGUGUCACUUGUAGGCAGUGCUUGGUCGCCGUCAAAAAUUGUGCGUGCAGCAUGGCCUUGGUUUGGUGUCUCACAAUGAACUCUGGGUAUAAAUUAUCUAGGGUUAUCUUAAGGCGUGACGCCCUGCACGCAAGAAUGGCGUUUAACCUAGAAAAUAAUUUGAUUUUCUAUAUAGUAUGUCACUGUAUUGGUGAAUAUUACCCAAAGAUUCUACCAAAAUAAUGACAAUUACCGAUCUCAAUUUGUUUUAAUAGAUUGUUGUGCUUGUAUAGUGAUUGCGCGGAGUAAUGGCAUUCUUGAUUCUAACCUCAAUACAGCGUAUAUAUACUCGCAUUUAUGUAGUUGUGUUCCAAUCGUAGUGAUUGUACUAGUACUAUUGCUAAUAUUAUUUCCGAGAUGAUUUAUUGUUAAUACCGAAGCAUACAGAAAACCAUAAUUAGUGAAUAAACUGUCCAAUUGGUUUGAGGUGGAUCAUUUUCUACGAAAAUUGGUGAACUUCUAGCCGCCUACAAUUGAGCUAAGUUGUCCCUUGACUCAAAAUUAUUUUCGUAAUUUUUAUUUUAUUAACAUAUGUCUAGUUUUAUAUAGAAUAAAAUAGUUCCAACUGUCGAAUUUAUUUCCCUGGAUUGUCACCUAUUUUACAGCCUGGAUUCCACAACUUGAUUUAGUAAAUAGUGGGAGAAAUCC